AAGCGACGGAAGGACUGUCACCAUUAAUAACCCAUAAAACACUGUAAUAGUAGCAUGCAUUCGAGUAAAACAAGCACGAUUUCUCUGAUUAUCCGUAAUUUUCACCUCUCCUGGUAUAUACUGGUAUUGAGUUGGGCCGGUACCGCGCUGGCUAUAGACAGUAAACAAGGGUUUUCGCCGGAUGUUGAAAAUGUGUGCAAUAUCCUUGGGACGAUAAUCUGGGUUUGGGGUCUGCUAUACUGGAUUAUUUGUACCUGUCUGCUAGCAGCAAGAAUUAUUGUCUACCCAGAAGCAUUUUGGAAGAUGAUGCAAGAACCGAAUGAAUUUCCCAUAUUCGGAUGUGUGCCAAUGAGCCUAGGAGUACUUGGUAUGGGAAUUGUCUCAUUUGGCCCUAACAUCAUGCCCGCUAACGUCGCCUUUGAAAUAGCGUAUGUUCUGUUUAUUGUGGUCGGUGUGUUUUCCGUCCUUACAAUCGGGGUAGUGCCGUACAUGAUGAUCGCCUAUCAGCGGCACGCGCUGUCAUCUAUGUCUACUGCCUGGCUGCUUCCUUUCAUUACGCUUGUGAUUGCAUCAGCUCAGGCAGGGGUUGUUGGCGGAGCUCAAGAAGAUCUAGGGAGACAGAAAGGGUGCUUACUCGCUGGACUGGUGAUGUGGGGUGCGGGCAUGCUGACUGCUGCACCAAUCAUUGCGAUGUACAUGAUCAGAAUGAUCAUCUACGGAUUCCCCCCUGGACAAGCGGGCAAUUCUGUGUGGAGUAUACUGGGCCCUAUAGGUCAGGGUUGCAAUGCCAUUCUGAUACUUGGUCGCAACACGGUAACCUUGCAGAAUGAAGGCGUAUUCUGCGAUAGUCCUGGAUCCAUAUACACAGACAAUAGGUGCACAGGUCCUCUGACUCCUCUCAUGGCAUUCGGCAGUGUAAUGCCAGCGAUCGCACUAUUAAUAGGUUUGCUCCUGUGGGGUGUGGGUAUUUGGUGGCUAGGCUGUGCCACAGUAGGAAGCUUUUAUCACUCCAAGAAAAUACAUAGUCUGGUAGCGAUGCUGCGCAACCCCUCGACAACUUUAGGUGCACUCAAGGCUUCAAGCUUAGCCAUUGAAGGACAUUUAUCACGCACACGCGAUGUCGAGAAAAUAUUGGGCGGUAAAGUGGACGAUGAUCUCAAGCAGACACAGCAAAAGCCGGAGAUGCCAUUCAAUCUGAGUUGGUGGGGUGUGGUGUUCCCCUUGGGUACUAUCUCAAUUGGAUCCGCACAGUUAUUUAUUGAGACACAUCAGUCACUUUUCCGGUGGACGGGAGUCACGCUUACAUGCAUUCUAUUCAGUAUCGCAAUCUACUUGCACAUCAAAACAGCUCGCCGAAUAGGCAAAAUAUCUUUCUGGAGUAGCUUUGAACCACAAUCGUCGUCAUUGGAGACCACACCGGUGAGGGUCUAGUAUUACUAGAAUCCUUAUAUAACUUAGUAAUUAAAUUAAACUUACUGGCAUAGUUUUAAUAAGCAGUCGCC